CACUGUGUUCCGUGGCCGUACCGUAUAACUGGAGUAGACUAUGCUGUUUACCAAUCAGCAAUCACCCCGUUUGAACACCCUAAAGCUCGGGGGAAAAGGAAAUGGCGACCCCCGAGUCCAUUCCCCGAGUUUUAGUAUUCCAGAUAUUUAUUUUGUUUGGUUCUUUUUUCUAGGUGCUCUCUGUCAACACAUGUUCUAGUGCUCAUUCACUGGUCAUCUAAUGUCUUAGGUAGCAAGCAGAGUGGAUUUCCUGCUUUGCAUGCACUAUGAAGAACCUCAACACUCUUACAAUCAUCUAGCUUCUCACCAAAAUCAUCACUAUGAGUGACCUCAUCAGAAUGGUCCUGGCCCAGAGAACAACAACCAUCUCGUUCACUACCGACAGGCCCAGCCACAGAUCCCGAACCCCCACAUGUAUCAACACCACCAUCCACAUCACUAUAUGGGCACGGGAUGGAUGGAGGAAUGAGCCUUAACCCUCCAUCCCACUACAACAUGAUGCCAUCAAACACUGUCAGGUGGUCCAAUGUACAAAGAUGAGAACACAGAAAAUCCGUACAGUUUUGUUGAUGAAGAAACAGGGGCAAGCAGAAGUGCAGUUGCACCUGCUGCUGUCGAGUCAAUCAAAACUGAGCCCACCACGGGUCCAGCACCUAAAAAGCGUGGACGAAAGAAGAAAAUUCUACCCGAACCAGUCCCAAGUCCUUUCUCUUUUGCGCAUAGGGACGUUGAGCCACUGCCACUGCCACCAAUGACAAUGGACAGCAUUCUCCCGGGCGAAGCUGACGCCGCCGACGGCCAGCCAGGCAAACGGAAGUACACCAAAUCUGAGCAUUACAAACAGAGGCGAAGACAUGGCCGAUUCAAGUCAACGGCAUGACUGAGAAGGAAAUUUGGUCUAGAACACUCCCAGAUCAUCUGGCCUCAAACUUGGACGUCGUUAUCAUUGGAAUUAAUCCGGGCCUUUUCGCUGCAUACAAAGGACAUCAUUACGCAGGGCCGGGCAACCAUUUCUGGAAGUGCCUGUAUCUAGCCGGCCUUGUUCCGGAACCGAUGACGGCCGAUGAUGACUUUAAACUGAUGCAUUUUGGCAUCGGAUUCACCAAUAUGGUAGCCAGAGCUACAAAGGGUAGCGCCGAUCUGACUCGCAAAGAAAUCCGAGAAGGCGGCCGGAUAUUACUGGAAAAGUUACAGCAGUACCGGCCAAAGAUUGCCGUCUUUAACGGCAAAGGUAUCUACGAAGUCUUUAGCGGCAAGAAGGAGUUCACCUUCGGCAAGCAGCCCGAAUGUAUUGACGGAACGAAUACAUUCAUUUGGGUGAUGUCGUCUUCAAGUGCCCGAUGCGCUCAACUGCCCAGAGCCAUGGACAAGGUGCCGUUUUACUCUGCGCUGAAAAAGUUCCGCGACUACCUCAACGGCCUCAUUCCCGAAAUUGAUGAGAAUGAGGUGAUCUUCAACGAUCCAAAGAUCCGGGCCGCUGACGACGGCACGGAAAUUAGUGAACAUUUAAAAGUUGAUUCCCUAUCGUCUGAUGACUUGCCGGCCCUAGUAGGAGCCAGCGAGUUCUCGGUAGACUCUGAGCAACAACAACAGCAGCAACAACAACAGCCAAUGAAUCUCCCUGCCUUGUUUCCAAUUGAGGACGGAAUGGGUGGCCAGGUCCCGGUGAAAAAGAAACGUGGGCGGCCCAAGAAAAUUCGAGCUGACGGAACAACAGCUCCUACCCCGGUGAAGCAGUCGAGUGUUUCGGCUGCGACGUCCAGCUCGUCUACUGCCAUGAACGGCGCCGACUUUGUCAACGGCCAGCCGCCAAAGAAGAAGCGAGGGCGCCCGAAAAAGAUCCGAACGGACGAGGUCCGCCCCGUUCCGCAGAUGAUGGAUGCCAACGGAGGUCUGAGCAAUUCAUUUGGCGGAGGCGGCGGUAGCAGCAGCUCCAAUCACUCUCACCUGGAGACUAAUCGCGGGCCCCACUCACCUGCCCCGUCCAGCUACUCCAGCAUGGCCGGCCACUCUUUUGUCAAUAAUCAACCCAGUGUAAUCAACCACCCGUCAUCAUCAUCCUCCGCCUCCAGUCAGCAACAACAUUCUCACGCUCUCGACUAUUACGGACGGGCGUCCAGCAAUGUCGGAGGAGGGCCGCUAUCGGGACUUUGUAACGACAUGUCUCCCCAUCAAUCCACAUCAUCAACACCUCAACCGGCCACGUCAUCGCCUCGUCAAUUGGAAUUCGAUCCAGGCGACAGGAUGAGGGAAGGCCAUCCGAAAACGGAACACAGGGCCACACCGGCCGAAUUGAACGGCGAUUCCAGGCAUCACCAAAUGACUUCUCCCGGUGUCAACAGCAGCAGCAGCAAAGCGGCCGAGCAGCAGCAGCAGCACCACCCACCUCCUCCCAGGAGUCAUCCGGGCACUCCGCAGCCCAUGGCUUACAGGCCUACGCCACUGGCAGUCGCUUAUCACGUCCCCAAUCAAGUAAAGGAUGUUGCCAGUAAGAGCUUAUCAGGUCUGGAAUCGCUGGUGGACCAAAUUCCAAACAUGGCUGAUGGAGAACAGAAUCAACAACAACAGCAUCAACAGCAACAGCAGCAACAACAACACCCAAACGGCUUACAUGGUCAGCAACCCGUGGCCGUGUCGACGAGUUUUGGUCACUACAGUACAGCCCCUGCCCAGCCUAGUUUCUCUUAUCCUUCAACGUCAUUCGGUCACUACGCGCCUCACUACACUACCCCCAAUGGAGGAUCCUUUCCACCCAACCUCUACAAUCCAGGUGGCCAAGAAUCAGUUUUCAAUAGGACGGGGACAGUGUCGUAUCCGAUGUCGUUCCCAACGUCUCAAAUGAACGGUCGGAGUCCUGCCAUGGCUGCUGGCUUUCCAUACUCUAGUUACGGCCAGGCGUACCCUCAUCCGCCGCAUAGCGGGGCGCCAUCUGGUUUCUCUCCUUACAAUCCGCCAGGAUCCGGAGGAGUCAUCGGCGGUUUCCACCCGAGCACUUCUUACGCCUACGGCACCACGUACGCCCCUUCGUACACGACCACUCAAGCGGCUGCCAGCUACCUCAACGCAGCUGCCGCCAAUCACCAAGCCUUCGAUGGAAGCCAAGGUCCAAGUGGAGCAGGAGGUGCAGGAGGUGGUGGUGCAGGAGGAGGAUCAGCAGGGCCGAAAGAUGAGCGAAAUUCAGAUCCGGCUGCUUUCGGUGGGUACUGAGAAGAAGAAGAAGAAAGAGAUGACACACACUUUGCACUACUACAAGGUACAUUACCCCCGAAAUCAUCUCUAACUAAUUAAAACAAAAAAGAAAAGAAACUCUCUAAAACUAUAUAUACAUAGCGAGUCCAGCAUCAGGGUGUUACAUUAUUAUCCCCCCCCCCCCCCCAUCUCUCUCUCUAAUCUUUGAUCAAGGAACGGCAAUAAUCGAUCGUGUCCCUUUCAUUUCCUUCAUCACUCCCGAUCAUAUAUAAAAAGAAAGAAAAAAAAAAAGAAAAAGUUGAAUAUUUUCGAUGCUCAAAUGCUCCCCAGAUGUAAACUUUUUUUCCAGUUUUUGUGGACAUAUCAGUUGUUUGUUUUUUCUCUCGCCCCCACUCUAAAUCACUCCCGACAUCAACCGUUUUUUUUACUAUUAUAGUAUACUAUUAUUUCAUUUUUUUUUUUAAUUACUCAGCUAAUCCUUUUAGCUUUUACCAACAAACUCCGGUAAGGAUCGAUCUCAAAAAUUUCUCUCUCUCUCUAAACAAGAAUUUAAAAAAAAAAACGAGCAAACAAAGAAAAAAAAUUCAAAAUCAAUUCCCGCUCCCUCCCGACUCGAGCUCUCGAAAUUAAAUUGUGAAAGAAAAACAAAGCUGUACAAUCUCAGUAUUAUGAGCUUAAAGUAAUCAUCAGUUUAAUUCACAACACGUUGUUGACACGAUCAUCAUCAUCACAGGUUUUUUCACUGAUUUCUCUCAAUCUUUUGGGUAAUUUUUAAACAUUUGAAAUUUUGAAUUACCAUUCUUCAAUUAAAGCGUUAAUUUUUUCCUAUUUCUUUCUGUACAACUGUCCCUUCCCGGUGCUAUUUCGCUUUCGACCGCGAAAAAGAUUUUUAGGUUUUUUCGUUUUCUUUUUUCCCACGACUUUUUAUUUGAUUACAUAACUCCAGAUUCACACACACACAGUCCCACAUUUUGAUGGUCAGGGUCCAUCAGACGAGGAAACGUAUCUACGUAAUAGCGAGUGCCCUUCACAGUUUUUCUUUUUUAAAAAACCCCCAACGACACUCAAAUUUAAGAAAUUCUUUUUUCCUUUUUUUAAAUUUGACUGAACGAUUUUGGACCUUCCGCUUCGCGUUAUUAAGAGAAACGGAGGGUCUACCACACACACACUCACGUAUAUAUAUACAUACAUACAUAGAAUUUAUAUAUAUAUACAUAUGCAUGGUCUAUUAAAGAAAACAAAAAAACGAUCCUUGUGCCAAGCUUCCUUCUAUCGAUUUCUACUAUACAGACUCUCUAGCUGUCCCUUUCUCUGUUCUCUCCCCAUUAACGAGAAAAAUAACAAAACACAAAAAAAAGUUGAAGGAAGAAAAAAGAAGAUCCUCUUGAGGAUGACACAAUAAGCUCAACCAUGGAUUGGACUGUUUUUAUUUUGAUUCCUUUUUCCCUUUCUUCUUUUGUUCCGUUUGUUGAUCCCUUGUCAAAGUUAGGAAAUCCCCUCCACACACUUCUGUGGAUAGAGAGCGAAAUAAUAAAAACCAGAAAAAACAAACAACAAAAACUUACUUGUCAACUAAAUAAUUUGAAACAUUUCAAAGAACUUGAGCCGUAUAAAUAAAAUGUACCAGACUGACACACACAUGAAAUAAAAAAGGGGAGGAAAAAAUAUUAAAAUACCUCAGAAAACUUCUAAUUGGGUGGAGAAAAAAAACCAUUUAUCUUUUUAUUUUUAUUUCUUGUGUUUCAAAUUCCCCCAACUUUUGAGUUUAAAAAAAAAGAAAUAGCGAACAGAUUUGCCAAUUGUUUCAGAGCAUUCUUUACAGGGUGAGAGAAAAGAAA